CAGGCUAGGGAAAGUGUAUUUCGUGAAAAAAUAUACUUCUUUAUCAGCUCAGGUAUCAGACAGGUUUCCAAAAGCGUUCGAAACAGCCAGCCAGUGGGAGUUGCCAACGGAGACGUCCGAAUUUCAACCACUAACGCUGGACUUUGGCUGCGAAUACCGGGUGGAGCUGCGUUCAGAACCGUAUCUGUACGGCGACCCGAAGUACCGCAGUAUGGCGACCAUCGAGACGCCGAUGUGCAUAGACGGAUUCUGUAGCUGCCGAUGUAAGACUCGCAGACCAUUAGGCCCUGACAUGUGCCUGACACUCGACCAGUCAGUUUCGAUGACCGCCUGUCCUGUCGGGACGCGGAGGCUCACGCGUCAUAUAGCGUAA